AUGAAUCUCCGUCCUCGCAGCGUCUCACCGUCGCCGGUAUUCCUCCCCGAAGAACUUGUCGCCGAAGUUCUUCCCUUUCUUCCCGUCAAAUCACUUGUUAGACUGAAAUGCGUCAAUAAGUCAUGGAAGUCACUCAUCUCUGAUCCCACCUUUGUCAAACGACACCUUAGUCGAUCUGAACGAAACGUGGACUUCACAAUUGUAUCUUCUUCCUUGGGUGAGAUAUCUUUCACAACUUUUCAUUUGUUGGAGAAUCCUCCAACCACUACCACUGUUACCAAUGGUCAUUACCAUCAAUUGAAUGAUAGGGACAACCUCUAUAUGGUUGGUUCCUGCAAUGGUUUGCUCUGCUUGUUAGGUGAUUCUCACAUCAUUGCCUACACUUAUAAGGUCGCUUGUUUCCUUUCAAGGAGAACAGAUCUUCAUUUGGUUGGCAGUCGACAAUCACACCGACUAACUCAUCUUGUUAUAUGGCAAAUGAAGGAGUUUAGAGUUGAAGACUCUUGGACUCAAAUCCUCAAAAUUAGUUAUAAUAAUCUUCAAAUAUACGAUCUUUUUCCGUUGUUGCCAUUAUGCCUUUUGGAGAAGAAUGAUACACUGUUAUUGAUAGACAAAUAUCAAAGUCAGAUGAUUAUCUAUACUUGGAGAGAUAAUAGAGCUAAGGCAAUCAAUAAAUGUUGGCAGUUCAAUUCCAAGAAUUAUGUUGAAAGUUUGGUUUGGUAUUGUUGA